AUGGUUGUCAAUACUUCGAUUGCUCCUACGAAAUCCCAAUUGCUAAUGCAGUUAGCUGGAGAUGACUUGCCCACGUCGACUUCAACCUUACCCACGAAUAUCAAGCAGCUCAUCAAGGAUUUCAAGUCGAAGCAUCCCGACACUAACGAAUUCCUACACCGCUUGGGAUGUCUACGCUUCCUUGCAGUUCGGGACCUCUUACCGCCUGCUGAGCAGGCACUGAUCGAUAGCCUCGAUGCCAAUGGACUCGAGCUCGCUGAAUACCUUCACGGGCUCUCCUUAUUUCGUAUGAGCGCUCCUCCCGAGCGUGCUGACGAAGAGAUUGAAGGUCGGAGUCAUCACCAUGACCACUUGGACUUGAAGUACUGGCGUAAGGCCGAGAAGGCUCGCCUUCGCGCAGAGCGCCUUUCGGGUACGGUCCAAGAGGCAGGCUCGCAUGAGGAUUCUAUGCAUGCUUUCAAGAAAUGGCUUGCAUAG